AUGGAUCAAUCGGGCAUGAAUCUCUCAUUUCCAGUUGUUAUAGGAAUCGCCAUUCAAUCCACAAGAUCGCUUCAUAAAACCGUCAGUGGCUUCAAAGAUCGAAGCCGUUGUAUACAAAGGCUUCAGGCUGAGCUGGAAGCUGUCACCAACGUUUUAGAAUCGUUGAAAAAAGUGGACAAUUUUGCAACGUCAAUAUUGGCAUCUCUUCAUUGUCUUUGUCAUCGAUGUGGCGAAAUUUGUUGCAAGAUCGAACGAUUGAUGAUAGUGUUCAGUCAAACCCCAAUUACUGGCUUUCGGGAUUGGACCAAAAUGCAAUUCGUGGGAGGUGAUAUCAAUGAAUUUAUAGGCACUAUUGGAGGAUAUCGGUCAACGAUCUCAGUCAGUUUAGGCAUACUUACUAUGCACACCUCCAAAGUCCCCCAAGAAGUUCUUCAACAGUACAAUGAAAUGAUUAAGGACACAACAUAUAACCUGAUGGCCCACUUACGACUAGUGGAGGAGAAAGUCCAAUCCAAUCUCAAAAACAAUGCCUCAGACAUCAAUCUCAAUUUCAAGGACGAGGAGGAAGUAACCAAACAAUGCAUUCGCAUUUGUGAAUAUGCUGGGUCUCGUAUUGGAUACCCGAAAACUCGAGAUGCCAUCGUCAGCAACGUUUAUCUUGGGAACGUAGUUGCCCUUGGCAGCGAACAGACACUAGUGGCUACUUCCCCGGGCCAUUUCGUGGUCAGGACAGCAAUCUCUAGUGGCAACUCACGGCAGUUCGUUGGCUCGAUGAAGGAAGAGGACAUCAAGAACAUGUGA